AGUCAAUUAGGCGGAGAGGAAAACUCCUUGACGGAGGAUGUGAAGAUUCCUUUUCUUCACAGUGUAUGGAUGUGAGAAUCUCAUGGAUCUUCACCUUGUUUUGUGAUGCGGGAAUCCACGUGGGCCUGGAGCCAUCCCACUGUAGCAAGGAUGGCUCCAGCGGCACUGGCCCGGAUUGUGGUUGCUGCGAUGUGGACCUGCCUCACCGAGCAUUCCUCUGCUGACAUCCAUCUGCACUAACAAGGACAACCUCCUGGAAGAAAUGUGGAAACAGCAGGACAGUCUUGCGGGGCCUAAAGCUCCAGAAGAAGAGAUGUCUACUUCUAUGGAGGCCAGUGGUGGUUCAGAUUCAGAGGAAAACAAAAACAGCAAUUCUCUGAUGGAACAACUCCGAGCUCUGGAGGCAGAGAACUCUGCUCUGUCCUUGGAGAAUGACAACCAAAGGAAGCAAUAUGAGCGCUGCCUGGAUGAGGUUGCCAACCAGGUCAUCCAGGCUCUCCUUACUCAAAAGGACUUGAAAGAAGAAUGUGUGAAACUGCGCACGCGUAUAUUUGACUUGGAGCAGCAGAACCACAGACUGAGUGUGUUGUUUCAACAACAAAUGAGAACGUCCCAGAAUCUUAUUCCGAAGGAAGUCGAAAGAAAUGGAAAAGCCAGUAUUGCUGCAGAACAGUGGCCCAGUCUUCUGAGCCUAAUAUGCCCACGCAAUAUUGAAAGUGGCGGUGAAAUGUUACUAUCCCGCACUUUCAGUGAAUACUCCAGUGGCUCCCAUACAUGGACAGAGGGACAACGUUUUUCUAAACAGAAAGCCUUUGGAUGGAAGGAAGAACAUACUCUUAAAAGCCUUCAGAGGAGCAGCCCAAAAGAUAAUUCUUACUCUGCAUCUGUGCCACAUUGCAAUGAUUUCAUGGCCUCUAAUGACGACAUUUAUUCACUUGGUGUCAAGACCGACCCACUGAAGACAACAUCAAAACAAGCAGACCAGACAAACGAAAAUGUCAAAGGUGGGAUUGCUGCCAUUGACUCUGAUGGAAGUAGAAAUUAUUUUCAUACAUCGCAAAACAACUUAAUGUUUUUGGGGGGCCCAGCAAUGCCAAUCAGUGAAAGCCCAACAGCAAGUCUUACACAGCCUGAAGAAAACAAUGAAGGGUCACAAGAAGAAUAUAAGAACUCUGGCAUAAUACUAAGUAAUAGUAACAAUAAUCAAGAAAGAUCUACCGACCGUAAAUCCCGACUGGAUCACAUGAAAAGACAAAAGGGCAGCCCUGCAGUUGAUGGAGAAACAAGGACAAGCGAUUCAAACAUAACAAUUCAACAUUCUGCAACAAGAGCUUUGAUUUGUGUGAGCGAAGCAAGGCAACACAGCUCUUCAGUGGAAAUAUUUCAGUGCAGAAACCAAUCAAACCAGGACCAUGUGAUUUUGAAAUCUCCACAAAGAAUCCAAAAACCUAAACCUCUUCUUAAUGGCUCAGCAAGGAAGGCGUUAAUUAUCCGUAGCAAGAGUGUAGAUGGAACAGCAGAAAGGCAUAAACGUGUUCAUUCUCCUCUACAUCAGAAUCUUAUAAGGGCUCACAAAUCCAAAGGACACUCCAAUGCACCUGGACACAGUGCUUCAAACAAAAUGUCAAAUUAUGCUAAAUUGCAUGGGUCAAGUCCUGAAGUUGAAAAUGAUGGAAAUAUUGCACAAUCUAGUUGCAAGUCUCUAGAGCGUCUACAACAGCCUUCUCCUCUUGCUUCAUCUGUCAAACAUUCUUUAACAUCACGGCCCCUUGUGGAUGAUGAUUGUUGUAAAAAUCUAUCGAUAGAGUUGCAAUUAGCCAGAGCUCCAUCUAGCAGUGACUGUGUUCAAAAAAGGACCUGUGAUAAUUUACCCUGUGCCCCUAAACCACCUCAAAAACAGCUUUCUGAUGUCCUUUCUUCAGAACAUCUUUCUACAUUGCCACCGACACCCCCCGGUCGGACAACUUCACUUCUGCGUAGAACUGCUUCUCACUCUGUAUGCACUAAUCCAUCUGCAGUUCAGUCUCAGAAUGGAAAGACAAUAUACAGCAACACCAAAACACAAGCAGGUCAAAUCCCUCCAGAUUUACAGGUUCAACUGACCAACACUGCACAGAACAAUCAAUACUUACCCACGCAAUUGGAUUUUGAAAUAUGUUAUGCUAAAAAAGAGGCCCCUGCACAUGUCUUUAAAACUCACUCAUCAAGGAUGUCAGUCAUUCCAGUUCAAGAUGCAUUGGAAUCAGUCAAGUUAUCAGAUGAGAGAACAGUGAUAGGUCACAGUGGAGAUAUUUCUGCUACUAUAUUACCAGGUCAGAAUAUCUUACACAGAUUUCAGGAGAGUAUUAGUGAGCCAAAACUUUCCGAAGUUAUGCCUCAGACCCUUCCAAAUACCUACUACCGCAGUGUCACUAAUAACUGUCAGAGUUCAACAUCCAGUUCCGUAGAAAUCCCUCUUAAUGUAAAAUUUCAUGAUUCAAUUGACAAAGAUGACAUAAACCCGUCGAUUAAAGGCAUCCAGACAUUUCAAACUUAUAUUCGUGAGCCGAUGACCCAUGAAUAUGGAGCUCAUAACAAAGCCCAAAGCAAGAUUGAGACUCGCUGUAAUUCUCUGAAUUCUGAGCCUUGUGGUCCUCACAUUACUUCAGACAGUGGCGUGAUGUUAGAUUGGGGCUUUGAUGAGAAAGGCUGGCUGUUCAAACGAUCAGUCUCUGUGUCAGACAGACCCCCACUUAAGCCAGUAUUGGGCAUGAAUGGGGCCAAAGUUCGAAGCAAGAGCUUUGGUGCACGCUACAUGGAUAGACCGAGCUUUAACCGAUCUGGGAAACUCCGCACCCAAAUCAAAACACACUCAGGGAGCUUCUUGAACUCUUUUGUUGAUGUACUCCCAGAAAGUAUGAGCUGCUCCAGUAGCUAUAAUUUCCCAAUGAACCGAUCCCUUUUGAACCACUUCCUAAUUGAAGAAGGCCUGGCAGUUCCUUCACAUGUGGGGUUGUCAAGUGAAAGACUUCAUAGUCUCAAACACCAACAUGAACAGGCAAGACGCCUUCAGAUUGAGCAACAAUUUUCAAACGCAUUUGGGGAACUGGUCUGUGAAGAACCAGAGAGACAGAGUACAAUCACCACGAUAGAAGAGAAGGUCAUGCUGGGCAUAGAAGAGAACUUGCAAAAGUGUCAGGAACAGGAGAGAAGCAGUGAAAUGAAGCAACGUUCUGCUUCAACCUUGGCCAGCUGGUUUGGUUUCCGUAAGGGUAAGCUUCCUGUUGCAAGCAGCAAGAAGACCGAUGCACCAAAGUUAAAAGAAGACCGAAAGGAUCAAAGGACUACAUCACUUCUCGGAGGAAAGCAGACAAAAAUUGACAGAAAGAAGGACAGGAAAAAAAGCGAUAGAAAAGACUGUUCUGUAGGAAGGAGAGAGUCGCAUGAUGCAGUACGGGCAUGCAUCUCUAUGCCCUGCCCUGGAAUUCCCCUUAACGAGACACCAGGGCAAAAUGAUUUGAUCAUUGGGGACGCACAGAUGAAUUAACGCAGAUUCCACCAAUACAGACAAGUACAUUUUGGCUUUGACUUGAUUUAUUCUUUCCACUUUUUACUCCACUUUUAAGUUAACUGCUUGCAAAGAGGGAAAGACAAAGAAUAGAUUUCUAAAAAGAAAAGCUUGUCUGUUGAAAGUCAAAUGAUCGACAAUUGCACACAAAGGAAAUGGUUGAUUGUCAUGAUGCAGAUGAUGAACCAUGAUGCAGGUGAAAAUGGAUCCCUCACAAAGAUCCCCAACCAGGAUGCUGUUGUAGAGGGGGAUGUGGGAAGAUUCUAAAGAGAUCUCUUUUACACAAUCACAGUUUGAUGUUUCUUUUACCGCUCUGGCCCGAUGGAUGGUCUUAACCGAGUAGACACCACACUUCCCGCCAAAACGCUCCGAAGACCAGCUUGCGGUGGAGGAGGUUUUAAACCCGCAAAAGACUCCUGCUGUUGAAAAAUUGUUCCUGGACAAAAUUGUCGAAAAAGAGGUGGAAUGGCCCUCCGUUGAAGACUUGCUUGCGGAGGCCACCGACGCUUUUCUUUCGCCGGAGAGUCCACAGGAGACCGCUGCGAAGUCGUUGAAGGCUCGCUUGUUGCGGAUGUGAAGGCAUUUCUUCCAUCAAAGAUUCCGGAUAACGAAGGCUUGCUCGAGGACAACAGCAUCGAAAAGAUGUUGUACAUGCUGUAAGUUCUUUUUACAUUAUAUAUGUUUUUCCUAAAUGCAACGGAGUUCUGAGGAGGUCCUCUCACUAGCUCGUCUUCCGCCCAAAUGAACUUCCCGCUCUGAGAAGUAGGAGGGGUUUGAUUCCGGAGGUGGGGGUUUGUUUCCGGGUGCGAUUGUGAAAGUGUUGAGCGAAUGCGACAGCGCCACAAGCGGUUAAAGUCGUUCAUGUUUUUUUAUUUUUUUUAUUUUAUUUUUUUUAAUUUUUACAGGCGGUAAGAAGAAGCGCAAGAGGAGGAGUCGUGAGCCGAGCAGACUGGAGCAAAAAAGACAACGGAUCAAACAACACUACAAGAUACUGGCUCGUACCUUUGACAUGUUGUCUGACCUUGCCUGAUUGAUAUAACCGCUUUAUAAUUUUUUAUUUUAAUAUUUUUUUAGAGAAAUAGAAUGGCUAUGUGAAUUUAUAACAAAGUGUUUGUUAGUACGAACACCAAGAGGAAAUGGAAAAGAUGGAGAAGCCCUUUGUUUCAGCAGGUGUGAUUAGUGAAACGCCAGUUUCCAUUUAUAAUAAUAAAACAUACCCGGUCGCUCCUCGCAAAGGUAGAGUUUUUUUGAAACGCACUCAAAUUCCACCAACCGAGUCUCUGCGGGAGAAAUGGUGCUUGGAUGCUUACGGAAUGGUUGGAUCUUUUGGAUAUGUUUUCAAAUAUCAAACAGGAGAUAUUUGCUUGUUUCAGUUGAAAGAGAGAAGAGACGAAAGACCUUUUUCGAUUGCUUCCUCGCUAUCAACCGUGGAUUGGGAUGUGUUAAGUCUGACAAUGCCCGAUGUCCUUUGGCAUGAUCCUUCUCCGAUGGAAAAACGGAUAAAAGGAAGCUUGUUUACUUACCCGACGAUGGAUGAGUUGAGUGAGAGAAGAAUUCUGUUUAGCGCUACUUGGGAGACGAAAUCUUCGGCCUCAGGUCGUUGGUUUUUCCGAGCCAGUCUCCGCGCUCCUAAAAUCAGCGAUUCCUAUACCCCCCAGUUGACCGAGCCAGACGUCUUUUCCCUGGAGUCUUUCAACUCCGAAUGCGGGGUGUUUACACCGGUGGUGGUCGUGCCCAUAGCGGCGUGGCGAGAGUGUAUGGGGGAAAUGAAGGAGAAGAUAGACGUCUUGUUUCGAAACAGUCGGAAUUGGAAAUGCAUGGUGACAACGAGAAGAAGGUUGGGCUUUGAGACCACACCCCCGACGGAGUACGAAAGGACCUCCCCCGCUUCAGUUUCAACCAAUAACCUUCAAGGGAAUACUCCCGCCGAAACCUCAACCAAUACCAUUUGAAAACAACCCUUCCGAUAGUCUGAUUGGUCGAAACUUCUUUUUUAUCGGACUCCACCCCCUUUGAAAACAACCCACCCCCAACAAUUUUUUGACCAAUCCACAACGGUUCCUUUUUUUUGUACCCUUUAAAAACAAACCAUUCCUGCAAUUUUUGACUAAGCCACAUUGGUUCCCUUUCUGAACGCAAGGACCUCUCAAACAAGAAAAUGGCAAACAAGACAAUUAGACGUGUAAAGACCUGUUUUAUACCACAGGACCAAUUAAAACAGACUGAUGAGGCAACCAUGGAUGCAGCCAUGGCUGAGAUUUUUAACCUUCCUGAGACGACGGAGGAUGCGUACGACGAAGAGACGCCUUCAGCCCCGCCGUGUCGCUUCAGCAGAUGCCUCGGCAGACGGGGGAUGAAAACCAGCGACGCUACACAGUCUUUGCCAGACAAUGAUGCGGAGAAGGAGGAAAAGGAGAAUUGUUUCGUAAACAUAACUCCCCCAACAUCCCAGCCACCAUCCCCGUCACUCUUGGAGCCCACAUUGCACAUCGGUGAUGAAAGCGAUGGGGGUCUGUUGUUGUUUUUCGCCAGCACGGUGAAAACGGCCGUGUUUCAUCUCCUCAGCCAGGCCAUUUGCAGGUUCACGCAGAACGUGUGCUACGGCUGCUCGGCGAACCAUCCGAGCCAGAGACAACAUCUAUGCCUGGAACCCUACGAACAGGACUUUCUGCUGUACAACUACUCCGAAAUCGUCAAGAGUGCGUACGCCUAAAUUCAUUCAGGCCAUUCAACGCUUGCUGAUGCUUCGUCGUAUUAAGGCCGAGGAUUCAAGGGUUGAAGCCUACGCCGACUCUUUGUUGUCUCAACUGGAAUCUGAGAAAGAUAUCUGGGGGUCCAUAGAUGACAUGUACAACGAGAUGGUGACGGAUGAUGAAACGAUUUUGGUACAUUUGGAUAUGGUGACAGAGUGUUGGAAGAAUUUAAAAAAAAAAAAAAAAAAAAAAAAAAGAAAAAAAGAUGGGUAAUUAUUGGGCAAAACUUGUAUACUUUGUCGAGAACCACGCUGUUAUUUACCCAUUGACGGAUGUGAUAGAAGCAUUUAUUCUAAAACGAGACAGACCUCAAAAACUACAAAUCAUUCUUGACUAUGCCCGCUCUCAGCCCGCAUGGGAAACUAUCAGGAAAGCCGUUGUCUCUCAUGCUUUGGACUUUGACAUUUUUGAAAUCAUUUUGGCUGAGUGGUCUAAAGAAAAGUCUUUUCAACCCUCACCUUGUCAUGUGUUUGUUUUAUAUGCUCUGUUUGUUGAUAUGACAAUGUAUCGACUGCGACGUGACAUCCGCGUCAAUGUUUUGUUUGAACUACAAAAACUACACAAUGUGAUUAAAUUUACCUACGGUAUACCUGUUUUACAUCAAACCUUGAUUAUAGUUUAUAGUUUAUAGAAAAAUGUUUUAGAUACACCGUGUUGUUUUACAUGAAUAAAAACAAAAUGUUUUAGAUACACUGUGUUGUUUUUAUGUGUUGUUUUUCAUGAAUAAAAACAAAUUGUUUUAGAUACACAGUGUUGUUUUUAUGUAUUGUUUCUCAUGAAUAAAAACAAAUUGUUUUAGAUACACUGUAUUGUUUCUCAUGAAUGAAUAAAAGAAAUGUGUACCAAGCAAACCGAGGUCAUUUCUCUGUGUCUUUUCACAAUGAAGAAAGCUAUGGAAAAAGCGUACUAUACACCCGCACACCCGGGUAGUUUUGGAGGGGUAGAUCGACUCCGUAGAGCUGUACAGGAUGAAACGGGGCAAUGCGUCAAAAGAGAAAAAGUUCAAGAAUAUUUAAUGGGGCAGGAUGCCUAUACACUCCAUCAACCGGCUCGCAUCAAAUUUCCAAGAAACAGAGUCUUUGUACCUCAACCUUUAGACCAAUUUCAAGCCGACCUCUGCGACAUGCAAGCCUUGGCUGAAUAUAACGACGGUUUUAAUUAUUUAAUAACGGUCAUCGAUGUAUUUUCCAAGAAGGCCUAUGCGAGGGUUUUGAAGAGAAAGACCGCCGAUGCCGUGGUUAAAGCGUUUCAAUCAGUGUUGGAGGAAAGCCAGAUCCCUCGUAAACUACAAACUGAUGCGGGAAAAGAAUUUUUCAACAAAAGUUUUCAAGCUCUGAUGAAGAAACACAAUAUUGUACAUUUUUCUACAGCCAGCGAUCUCAAAGCCUCGGUGGUUGAAAGAUUUAAUCGUACUUUGAAAGGACGAAUGUGGAGAUAUUUUACAGCCAACAAUACUAGGCGCUACCUAGACGUCUUACAAGACUUGUUAAAAAGCUACAACCAGGGAUAUCACAGCAGUAUUAAAAUGAAACCGGAUGAUGUGACUUUGGAAAAUACCCCUCAAGUGUUUGAGAAUCUCUACGGCUCAACCACAGUGUUCAAACACAAAUACAAAUUUGCCGCUGGAGAUACGGUGAGAAUAUCCAAAGUGAGAGGAGUGUUUGAUAAAAAAUAUGAACAGAGUUUUACAAACGAGGUGUUUACAAUAACCCGACGUCUCCCUCGCUCUCCCCCCGCAUACAAACUGAAAGAUUUUGACGGAGAAAUAAUAGAAGGUUCUUUUUACGAAGCUGAGUUGCAAAAAGUAAAAGAGAGUAAGAACAAGCUCUAUCACGUGGAGGAAAUUUUAAAACGACGGACGUUUGGUGGAAAAAAACAAGUUCUAGUGCGCUGGAAAAACUGGCCCGAAAAAUUCAACAGUUGGGUGGACGACGACCUCCUUACAAAUGUAUAAAACAAUCUAAUGCAACGACGAGCCUCCCAGUCUCGAGGACAAAAGAUCAACGAGCAUUAUGGAUCAUUCCUACGAGGGUUUUUACCUUACCCUACCCUCCAACGCCAGUCUCAACGUGUUUAAAAAAAACAAAAGUUCCCAUUACCAGAUAGAUUUGACUCAACAUAUAGAUUUAGCAGGCUCAUGGGAGGUGGCCUUAACAGAGAUUUCAUACCCUCGCUCGUGGUAUAAUGUUUGUAACGGAGUAUUUUAUGAAUGGAAAAAGAACCCCCAGCCUGCGAUGAACUCGCAAGUUUUUCAUUCUUUUACCUUAUACACGGAAACGGAUAAGGAUUCUAACAAGGGUCCUGUAAGCAAUCCCCAAGAGGAGAAAGCUUAUUCCCUUAGGGAACGCGGGAAGGAUGGAACCUUUCUCACCUUCAACCUACCGGAGGGCGGGGUACACCCUGGACAAGUUGACGCCUCAUCACAGGACAACUCGCAAGUUUUUCAUUCUUCUACCUUAAACACGGAAGAGGAUGAGGGUUCUAACAAGGGUCCUGUAAGCAACCCUCAAGAGGGGACAGUUUUCCGUCAAGAAAUGAGAGGAGGAACACAACUUGUCAGUAAGCACUCAUCGAGGGUGGACGCUCCCCUUUCCUCUCCCUUAUCUCUCCUGCUUGCUUUUUUGUCUUGUCUUGUCUUAACUUUUUUGUUGCCUCUUUUUGCACUGCUCUCCAAAUCAACAUUGGAACUAUUUAACUGGCCUCAACGAAAUUGACAAGAUCUUGGGUUCAGGAGAACCUGCUUGUCGUGACGGAGCGGUUGUUACUGGACACACGACAAACUCUUGGGAGAAGAAGGAGUGUUGCGUGCCUUGCGACCCUUUUCUGUUGAGGACGUGAAGAUAUCUACCUAUUCGGAAUUAUGACAACAGGACAUCUGCUGAUUGGAGUAAGCGUUGCUCUGGUUUGUCGACAAAUUGGAAGUUGCUGUCAGUCUUCAAAGUACCCCAAAGCUGCCACAAAUAAUUGGAGGAUGCGGGAAGAACUGUGGACACUCUUGUGAUUUUGGAUCACAUCGGACUGUCUGCCCCGCAGGUUUGAGGACCAGUCAUAGACAAUUUAGAGUGAAAAGCAAAUUUUAUUUUCACUCGUAUACAAAACAUUCUAACUUGGAUUGUUUCCUUGACUUCGAGACUCUUUCGAAGGACAGUGCAGCGAAGACACAACAAACUACCUUCUUGUCUCUCAUGGACACACACCUGUUGUUGUUGACUUUGGACUAGCGACAGCACAACAUCAAGGCCACGAAACAGAGAACACUGCCCCCUUAGGAGCCCAGUCUAGAUUGUAUUUUUUUACUCAUCCUUCCCCAGCGUUUUACCUUUUUCCCCAUCUUUUACGGGGCGCCUUGUGGCGCCUUGUGGUGUUCCUGUUCUGUAACCCUGUACACUGUUUGUUUGUCUAAUCUUGAAUGGGUUUGUGCUGAAAACAAAGUUUUGUUGUACUUGUGCAAUGACAAUAAACGCCUAUCCUAUCCUAUCCUGUACUAUUGUAUAUGUAUAUAGUAUAUAAAUAUGAGCAUAUCUCAAACCAAGAUAUCCCCACAAACUAAUUUAUUUGGUCACCCAUCCAAAUGAUGAGAAUCGGGUGUCCUAAUCACUUGGCCCAGCCACAGGUGUAUAAAAUUAAGCACUUAGGCAUAGAGACUGUUUCUACAAACAUUUGUGAAAGAAUGGGCCGCUCUCAGUGAUUUCCAGCGUGGAACUGUCAUAGGGGCGGUAUGGCGUAGUGGGUAGAGCGGCCGUGCCAGAAACCUGAGGGUUACAGGUUCACUCCCCGCCUCUUGACAUCCAAAUCGCUGCCGUUGUGUCCUUAGGCAGGACACUUCAUCCUUGCCCCCGGUGCCGCUCACACUGGUGAAUGAACGAUGAAUGAAUGAUAGGGGGUGGUCGGAGGGGCUGUAGGCGCAAACUGGCAGCCUCGCUUCCGUCAGUCUACCCCAGGACAGCUGUGGCUACAAAUGUAGCUUACCACCACCGGUGUGAAUGAAUGAUGGGUUCCAGCAUACUGCAAAGAGGUCGCCGACUUUUUGAACAGUCAGUUGCUACAGAGCUCCAAACUUCAUGUGACCUUCCUUUUAGCCCACGUACAGUACGCACAGAGCUUCAUGGAAUGGGUUUUCAUGGCCGAGCAGCUGCAUCUCAGCUUUACAUCAGCAAGUCCAAUGCAAAGCAUGGGAUACAGUGGUGUAGAAGAGCAUGUCGCCACUAGACUCUAGAGCAGUGGAGACGCCUUCUCUGGAGUGAGGAAUCAUGAUUUUCCAUCUAGCAAUCUGAUGGACCAGUCUGGGUUUGGAGGUUGCCAGGAGAACGCUACAUUUCAGACUGCAUUGUGCCGAGUGUGAAAUUUGGUGGAGGAGGAAUUAUGGUGUGGGAUUUUUUUUCAGGAGUUGAGUUUGGCCCCUUAGUUCCAGUGAAAAGAACUUUGAAUGCUCCAGGAUACCAAAACAUUUUGGACAAUUCCAUGCUCCCAACCUUGUGGCAACAGUUUGUAGCGGGCCCCUUCCUCUUCUAACAUGACUGUGCAAAAGUGCACAAAGCAAGUUCCAUAAAGACAUGGAUGACAGAGUCUGGUGUGGAUGACUGGUCUGCACAGAGUCCUGACCUGAACCUGAUAGAACACCUUUGGGAUGAAUUAGAACAGAGACUUGGAGCCAGGCCUUCUCGACCAACAUCAGUGUGUGACCUCACCAAUGCGCUUUUGGAAGAAUGGUGGAAAAUUCCUAUAAACACACUCCGCAACCUUGUGGACAGCCUUCCCAGAAGAGUUGAAGCUGUAAUAGCUGCAAAAGGUCGACCCACAUCAUAUUGAAGAAAAAGUUUUGGCAAUAAUGAUUAAAAAUCAAAACUAUUCAGUACGUCUUUUUUAUUGCCUUCACACGUCACACUUCACACACACAUCUAUGUCUCUUCCCCGCAUCCUUUGUUCAAACAAACUUGCUUUUCCCUCCAUUUUUCUUAUCAUGCACCUUUUUGUUUCCUUUAUGGCCUACAAUCUCAAACAUGAGUACCAUUAACAUUCUAUACCGCCUACAUCUGGUCAUAUUUACGCUAUUUCUAAAUGUCUGCUUCCACUUACCAACCUUAACUUUAUCAAAUGUGUUUAAAAUGUGUGUCUUAUCAUACUUUGACCUUUGACCUCACCACAACAACUUUCAGGUUUCUCACAGAAAAAAAAUAAAAAUUUGCAAAAGACCAAAUAUUAUAGUCCUUGACUAAAGUUAAACUGUUUUAAAAAAUGGGUUAUACUUGUAUAGCGCUUUUCUACCUUCAAGGUACUCGAAGCGCUUUGACACUAUUUACACAUUCACCCAUUCACACACACAUUCACACACUGAUGGCGGGAGCUGCCAUGCAAGGCCCUAACCACAACCCAUCAGGAGCAAGAGUGAAGUGUCUUACUCAGUGGCCUAGUGGUUAGAGUGUCCGCCCUGAGAUCGGUAGGUUGUGAGUUCAAACCGAGUCAUACCAAAGACUAUAAAAAUGGGACCCAUUACCUCCCUGCUUGGCACUCAGGAUCAAGGGUUGGAAUUGGGGGUUAAAUCACAAAA